AUGGAGCUCCUUAUAUCCGAGGUACAAAAAAGAAAUGUUCUCUGGAAUAAAUUUAAUAAAAAGUAUAGAGACAGAUUGGUGUCUGAGAAAGAAUGGGAAGCUGUUGCCAGAACAGUACAUAUGAAUAGAGAAGACGUAAAACGGAAAUGGAAAAAUAUAAGAGACACGUAUUUAAAAGAAAAGAAAAAAGUAAAAAAGAGCCGUUCGGGAGACUCUCAAGAUAAUGCAGAGGUGUAUACUGGUAAAUGGGUCUAUUAUCAUUUAUUGCAUUUUUUAAAAGACACGACCACUCCUAGAACCACCGAGGGAAAUGUAUCUGAUGAAAACGAAACGCAAUUACAAAUGUCUGACCUUUCAGAUUCGGAAGAAGUUAAUUCAUUUUCGAGUAGUUUUAUUGAUAUUGAAGAUAUUCAAAGUCCUGAAAAUCCAGUUUCUGUCACACAAUCAGAAUGUUUUACCAUUCCAAGUACUUCAAAUUUGUCGCAUGUUAAUAUUUCAACAAGUAUUUCCAAUGAUUCAGAUACCUCUUCUAAGACUUCUUCAAUCAAAAGAAAAAAAAAGCAAGAAAAUAAAAGUUUUGAAAGUGAAUUAUUAAAAUUGGAAACACAAAAAAUUAACGCGUUACUUGAAUCAAACAAAACACAAGUGCAGGAUGAUGAAGACAUGAUGUUCUUGAAAUCACUUCAUCCAUAUUUAAAAAACAUGGAUAAUUUACAAAAAUUACGAGUAAGAAAUCAAAUUCAAACUGUACUCAUUAACCAAUUGUCAAUAAAGAAUCAACAACAUCAAAAUUCAAACAUCCCAACUGCACCAAUACAUGAACUCUACAUUCCUCAACAUAUUCAAGAACAGAUUACCACAAAUUCGUCUGAUAAUCCAACUUUCAUUGGUUACCAACAGUACUGA